UAGUUGAUAAUAACGACAGGUAAUCUGGUCUGCGAUAUCUAAAUUGUCGAAGCAGACGUUAGAUCACCAGCAACUAUUCUACUAAAACGUACGGAGGUUGAGAUAUCGUGUGAAAUACGUUAAUCAAUAGAUUGGAUUGUUAAGAGUAUACUUCUGAAAUCAAGACAAGAAAGAAAUCCUUGAGGAGAGACAGACGGAAGACGUCCCUUCAAUCAGCAUCCCGAAUGUCGACGUAGAAUCUAGGAUAUCAACAUACCUGUUGAAUUAUCUGAUCGUACUAUUGAAUGGAGAUAUAAAUUGUAACGUUUGAUUCGUUGUAUGCAGCCAUAACGAUAAGUGAUAGGGGAGAGACAUAGGAUUCGAUCGCGCGAUUUAUACAGCCAUAACGACAAGAUAAUGGGUUUAUUCAGAAGAAACAAUCACCUGUAUGUCAUAUUUAUUGUAACAUGUUUCAUGUUGAUUUACAUCACAAUCAAUUACAGAUCAUCACUCAACAACCAGGCACCGCCAGAAACUCCACAUAACCCUUUACACAGGCGAUAUAGAAAACAGGCCGGUAGUUUAUAUAUUUUAAACAACGAAAUUAUAUCUGAUAAUUCAAUACAUGAUAUACAAAAUAUACAAGAUGUUUAUUACGUUCAUAUAACACGGUCUGUGCGAUCCAUGGUUGACGGUAUUAAAAUGUCCAUUGAACAAGGUGCUUCGUGGAUUUAUCUCCCCUCAUCAAAUCAACAUCUACGUCAAACCUUGAUGAAAUUCAAUCUCGGACAACAGUCAAACAGUUUAGUUUAUACAGGACCAAAUAAAAAUGAUGUGGGUUUUCAUUUCAUAGCCAGAGAUUUCAACUAUCCUGCUGAUUUUAAACGCAGUUACAUUAUGGGAAAAUAUGAAACGCCAUCCAUUCAAACGGUUUUCCAUGCCGACUCUGAACAGUUGAAUUUUAUGGACUGUCGUGCUCCCCCCGUGGCGGUCCGUAUCUCCUCACUUUACCCUUUUACUCAACAUAACACCUUGUAUUCAUAUAAAGCAUUCUGGGCUUUGAUUCCUCUUCAAAUAAACUCGGCUGUCUGGUCCAUGUGGACGGGGAGGUUAGUGAGGGAACUCGAAGACUAUAUAGUGUUUCAUGCUCCUCCUUCCACGGAAAUUCUGGGGACCAGUGAAGGUGAACACGGACAUGCAUUGGGAGAAAUUAGGGACGUGCUACACAACUGGAAGUGUGACCAAAGUGCAACGUUUUUCACGUGCAUGAUGGAUUUGAGUGAUUUUUUAAAAGACAAAGCCGUAUUUACUGACGAUGACGUUUCCAUGGUUACAAGAUGGAUACAAGAAUUAUUAUCCAGUGGAUAUUCCGGACCCGAGAGAAAAACACAGAACAUAAAAAUUAAUUUUUUACACAAUAUGUUAUUCUGGCCUUCCAGGGGAAAUGUCAAGAAGGCUAAAUUAACAGAGGUCUUUGGUGGGUUGUGUUCUAAGACCAAAUCAAUAUGUAACGCCGUGCCAGAAGGAAACCACCCGCGUGUUUUUAGUAAUAUUUUACUAAUAAUUGUUUUCAAUAAGAAAGGAUUUUACCGUGUUAUUGACCACCUAGAAACUUUAUAUCGCCCUCAUUUCCAUCAAAUAUUAUACUGUGCUCACAAUCUGACUGAUUUCUCACAGACUUACAAAACUCUUAAAAACAAAGAGAUCUCCUUUCUCGAUGUUAACUUCGGUAACGGUCAAUCCGGAAAUCAGUGUAUCCAGAACGCCAGAACUCUAAACUACGAUGUGGAUGGUUACCUUCACUUGGGUGACGACGUUAUGUUUAAUAUUUGGAAUUUAUCUCCACUCCCGUUAGACAAACCUUGGUUCCAGAAAGACAUGCUGAUUGGGAAACUCAGCCAAGAUAAAGUUAAGGACGUUUGGACGGAUCCCGACUGGUGGCCAUGGAAAUCUAACUAUCGUGGUGUCAGAAAACUUAAAUUUACCUUCAAUGAGCUUCAAAAGCAGCAAGAAAUUACUCCUAAAAUCAAAACGUUCUUGGAUACAUUAGCCGUAAAUAGCGGUGGUCCUGAACGUGCAUUUUAUCAGGCUUCCGAUAUUCAUUUUAUCCCAGCCAAAUUAGCAGACGACUACAACUACUUCAUGGAAUUCUUUGACAAGUGGAUUGUUUAUUUUGAGAUCGCGAUACCCACUGUAAUUAACGGAUUGGUUCUAAAUAAGGACAUCUACAGACUUCCUGGAGUUUAUCUCUGGUUUACUGACAGACAAUAUUACAGAGACAGAUAUAAACAAUCAGAUGUCUUCUUUCAUCCGUUAAAGCUGGCGUCAUGUGAAAAUAAUGCUGUGUGUUCUAAAUUUUACUGUGAAAAAUAUUUAUCAUGCUGGGAAAAAUUCUAAUAAUAAAGUCUUUGAUCACGUUAUAAUGUUUUAUUCUUAAUGCAUGAUUAGGGUACGUCUAAACAUUAUAAUUGAUUUUUUAUUUAAAAAAGUAUUUUAUUCAUAAUUGAAUGGGACUGGAGAACUGGGUCCGUACUCAUGCAUUAUGCAAGAGCUAAAUCCGCCUAUUGUAAGUAUUUGUUUAGGCCUCAAAUUUUAUCUAAAUUAUUAAUUAGACAUUAAUUAACUUAUCCAGAUCAUAACC